AUACAAGGCUCAUGCAUGUGCGCUGCUGGGCAGAGAAAAUCAACAGAAUUUUUCUCGUUCUCGUCUGCUUCGAAAACCUCAGCAUCACCAGUAUAUAAGGUUAUUUUUUCAGCUCUUCUUCCAAACCCCUGUCGUCCUUAUGAGUGACUCAACAACAGCAGCUAUCUCCAGUCAAGCCACUGCUGUUCCAAGUAACGCCAUUCACAACACAGGAACCAAUGGUACUGUGGCAUCCCCUCCUCACCAUGAGAGUAACCACUCUGAUAUGGCGCAACAACUUCAUCAACAACAACAGGCUAUGCAGCAGGUAUUGAUGCAUGCAGCACCUAAAACUCCGACAAAAUCCACCACACCAGUAAGAGAUAAACAGCUUCAGCAGCAGCCAGCCCAACAGACUAUUAUCAUACCACAGCAGCUCACACCGCUGCAGAUGCAACAGUUAUUGCAGCAGCAAGUCUUGACGCCGCAGCAAUUACAACAACUUAUACAAACUCAGCAGCAGGCAUUACUUCAACAGCAGAAUGCACACCAACAAAAAAUCCAACAUCAAUUACAAGAACAGAUGCAACUACAGUUAUUACAGCAGCAGCAGCAGCAGCAGCAACAACAACAGCAGCAGCAGCAACAACAACAACAACAGCAGCAGCAACAACAAGUUGUUGUGGCAUCUGGUGGAGGUGGCGAUAAGGCAACCAAACAACAGCAAGCACAACAGCAACAGCAGCAGCAGCAAUUACAGUCAAUAGCUCUGCAACAUCAAAUUAUGCAGCAACUUCAAGCACAGCAGCGCCACAUGUUACUGCAACAGGGCCAGGGGUUUGCAAUACAACAUUUGCCACAAGGCAUGACACAGGCAGAAAUCCAGCAGCUAUGGAAAGAAGUAUCCGGUGGAAGUGAAGACAGUCCAAAGAGUGCCAAUGGUGUAAAUGCACUUACUCUUGCAGCUGUUGGUGCUCGCUCUUCAGUUAAUGGUUUUCCCGAAGGGGCAUUACUUCAUCCAGGGUUACUGCCAGCUGGUACCCAACUCACUCCCAGUGGCAUCUUAGUCUCUUCCGAAGAGAAUGCAGCCAAUCCCAAUACUCAUCCCUUGUAUAACCAUGGCAUGUGUAAGUGGCCGGGUUGUGAAACUAUGUGUGAUGAUUUUCAAGCAUUUCUCAAACACUUAAAUGUUGAACACUCGUUAGAUGAUAGAAGUACAGCACAGGCACGAGUUCAAAUGAACGUUGUACAACAACUAGAAAUACAACUACAAAAAGAAAGAGAGCGUCUCGCUGCCAUGAUGGCUCACCUGCAUAUGAAGCCAUCAGAACCCAAACAACCAGAACCAUUGCCAGUCAGUCUUGUAAAAGCAACACCCAUGACAACAACAAGUACACCAACAACGCAUGUACAAAUGUCAUCACCGCCACCACCACCGUCAGUUGACACAAGUACUCCUCUUCACACACCACCGCCAAAUGUCACUGUGGGACCAAUCAGGAGGAGGCUUUCAGAGAAAUUUUGUCUAUCGCUGGGAUCAGAUAUGGUCAGCCAAUUAUCAUCAAGCUCAACAUAUGAGAUAGAAAUUCAACGUAACUGUGAGUUUUAUAAGACAGCUGAUGUGCGGCCACCUUUCACUUAUGCUGCAUUAAUACGACAGUCAAUUAUUGAUUCACCUGAUGGCCAACUCACAUUGAAUGAAAUUUAUAACUGGUUUACUAGAACGUUUGCCUAUUUCCGACGAAAUGCUGCAACGUGGAAAAAUGCUGUGCGACAUAAUCUCAGCCUCCAUAAAUGUUUUGUGAGAGUGGAGAAUGUGAAAGGUGCAGUGUGGACAGUGGAUGAGAUGGAGUACCAGAAACGAAGACCACAGAAGAUAAGUGGACCUGGUACACCAAUGAAAACUGAAAACAGUCCAACUUCUUUGCAUACUUAUGGGCAAAAUUUAAAUGCUAGUAUACAGGCUGCACUUGCAGAGAGCAAUUUGCCAUUACUAAGUAAUACAGCUGUGAAUGCUAGUAACGAAGCUGAAAACAGUGAUCUGAGUAAUAAUCCUGCCACAGAUGAUAUUGACAAUGAACCACUUAACAUGUCUGAUAGUGGGAGACGAGUUAAAAUGGAACCAAGGCCAGAAUCUAUCAGCGAUAGAGAUGAUGUGCAGAAAGGAGACAUUGAUGAUGACAAUAAUAGAGAAAUGGAGAUCCAAGACGAGAGGGAGAUGGAGAUUCAAGAAGAUGGUGAAAGGGAUGUGGACAGCAAUGGCCAUGGAGAUGAAACUGAGAUAAGAGGACAUGAACUGAAGCUGCAAUAGUAUUCUUUGUUGAUGUUUAACAAAUCAAAAUGCAUUAUAACCUCAUGUGAUGUACUUAUGAAUAUUCAUUAGUUUGUGUAUUAGCCAUUCAGCAUAGCUGUAGCUAGCACUUUUUAGUUUAGGGUCCAGAAAGCUGGAUUUUGAAAAGAUUCAACUCGGCUCAGUACUCCAAGCAAUCAUGAACAAUAAGUGUCUGUAGAAUAUACAGAUUACUGGGCCAACUACUACCCUGCUAAGUAGUGGCUUCUCACUGUGUAUGUAUCAUUGUCAUGUGUACUACAUGUAUUUCUUGCAAACUGCCAUAGCAUUUUAAAAGUCCACCAUACCUACUGCACAAUGAUGCAGUGUUUUUCAUUGCUCCCACCUGUGUCUCUAUAAUAAAUGUUAACAUUAUUUACUCGUGUUCUUGUAAAGCUUUCUACAUGUCAAAUCAACAGAGUGCUUGUAUACUUAAUUAUCCGCCUAUUUUGUAUAAACCAGAAAACAAAUGCAAAUUUUUUUGUUUCAAAGAUGAUUAUAAAAAAAAGACAAAAUCAACCAGUCUACCAUUCUCAAAUUAAUAGAAAACUUAGCAAUACUGUACAAAAAAAAAACUUACUUGUGUUAUUUAUCAUGCUGUCCUGUACUAUUAGGGUAGACUGUUGGUUGCGUUGUCUUGUCACAUUAGUCAAAAAAAAAAUGAUAUAUUGAUAAAAAUGACUGCCAACUUUUAUGAACAAAUUUUUUUUUAUUAAAAAUGUGUACGUUUGUUUAUGCUGUCUGUAACUUGCCCACAGAUGUUCUUCAUUUUUAGUGGCUCUUGUGAUAAUUUUUUUUUAUCCGUCAAAGUUACAUGUAUUGUUAGGAUAUGAAUUCUCAACUGUGUUCUGAUUCAAUCAUUUUUAUUUAUAACAAUUAUCCUUUAAGUCUGACCAAAUAAGACAAAAAACAAGUUUGACUGAGGCCGUGCCAGAUGUAUAUUAUGCUACAUGUUUUUUCCCCAUCCUUCUAAAGUGACCAAGUUUGUAAGGGUAGCCAUAUUUAUUCAUUUGAUUCUCAAGACAUAGUCCACAGUCUCAAUACAAAAAUAAAAUCAUUUUAAAAAUACAAAAUAGAAAAAAAAAAUGCUUUUGAUCAUCAUUGGUAGCUGCUCUAAAUAAACCACCAACACAUGUCAUAACUCUACCCAUAUUUGCGCGUUAUUAAAGCACAUCUUCAAUAAAGCACAUUUAAACCCCAAAUUAUGUACUGGAUCAUUAAAGUAUUUGCCCAUAGCCAACUUUAUAAUUUCUGUGAGAACAUGCACUACUAGUAGAACAAAUUUGGUACUCGUUUGGUUGUCAAUCAGUUUAGGUAUUUGCAUGGUAGAGUACAUGUCAUAGAUUUGAUGGAUAUAGAGAAUUGCCGAGGCUUGAGCAAUUGUCAUGAGAAAUGCAUAAAAUAAAUGUGGUUACCUGUUCCUUCAUAAGGCCAGUAUUACCCAUUAGGAGUACAUGUACCAGUCCAGUAGAAAUAUUUCAAAUGCAUAUUUUCAACAGGAAGCCAACAACUUUAAAAGCUUAUAUGCAUAUGAACCUGAUGAAUCCAAAUAAUUGAUCCUACUGUAAUAUUGCCAUUUGUGUACCACUGCUUCAUCAGUUUACCCAGGGUCUUUAAAGUUGUCUUUGAAUGUAAAUUCAAAUUGUGUCCAGGACAUUUUUAACCAGUUACACUAGGGAAUAUUUUUUUAUUUGUUCUCUUUAGUGUCUUUGAUACAACAAAUAUUGAAACCAACCCAAGUGUUUUAUCACGCCCAUGUGGUUCUGAAUUACAUUUCAAAUGUUUUCACUCAUUUCAGAACUAUUUUAUAGUCAUAGUUGUUUUAAAAUACAGAGAAUACAAAUGCUGUUUUCUUCUUUGUUUUAAGAAGGAAUGGUCUGAUAUAUUAAAUCGAUUUUUGAUUAUGUAACUUGGGAAAUAAAAUGGCAUAAAAAAAUUACAAGCCAUGACUUGACCAAUGAACUCUUUAGUAGAGACUUUACAAUAUAUAGCAACAAAGGAAGUAAAACAUUCAUCCUAUCUUUAGUUAUUAAUUACUCAUAAUCUGUUACAUUGAAUUGUUUUAUGUAUGCCAGGGUUAUGAGUAUUUAUGCAGCAUGCUGACUUGUGUUCAGUAUUUUUUUUUUUAGCAGAUUUGAUUCUAGACCAAACUUUUAUGUAUAUCUCUGUAUUUUAAAAUUUAGCGUAAAACUUUUUCAUGUUUUUUUUUAAGUUAUAUACUUGCACACUGAUAACCAACCCAUGGCUGUUCAGUAGGCAUGACUGCUACAUGACAUAGUGCAAGUGAUACUGGCAGCUAUUUUGUGUUCAUGUUUGUGUGCAAUGCUUUGCUAUUUCCAAUGAGAUUAUUGUUGUAGGUAUAUCUCAGUUCAUGCUAUAUAAGUAUUUAUUUUUUAUCUAAGAAAGCUAAAGAAAUUUAUAUAAAAAAAAAAACCCAUAGUGAUCAUAAUUUUUUUAAUAUUUACAAUACUUAGAUCCUGUAAACUACUUAAUUAUUUUGCGAACACAUGGGUGUUAUCUAUGUAUUUUGUUGUACUUUUCACAGCCCCUCCCACAAAUAUUUUACAUCAGUGUCACUUUGAAAACAUGUUUAUUUUAAAAACUAGCUAUGUUAACUUUCUCAGUGUCCCAGACGAAAAAAAACCUAAACUUUUCUGAAAAGUUGAAACUGUUUUAAGAUUCUUAGAGCAAACAAUAAAGUAUAAUAUAUAAAGUUGA